AUGUCUCUCCUCACCAAUGGCGCUUUCCCGGCAAUCAAGCCACACACUUCGCUCAAGGUCUCGGCCGAAGAGCGUAUAAACGCCGUGGACUUUGUUAAUCGUGUCAACCUCCUUUUCGAAGAGUACGACACCGAGAAGCUUCUAGACACUUUCACUUCAGACGGGGUUGCAUAUCACUUCCACGGCACCAUCAAAAAUCGAGAAGAGAGGCGGAAGUUCUUCGAGGAAACUUACCCAUACUUGAUACCUGGAGUUAGUCGCCACGCAUCCAACCACAUCGUCGACAGAGAUGAGGAGACCGGAGGAGUCAUCGUUCGAUACCAUCUCCACUUAGUUCGGUAUGCCUGGCCAGGCGAACAAGCAGACAAGCUCAAGGAGACCUCUGCAUAUGAAGUCCAGACAGAUGGCAACCUCCCUCAGAUCUGGCUUUUCUCCCCGAUGAUCGAUCGACUCAAGAUGACGGAUGAUGGCUACAAGAUAUAUGAGAGAUAUGUUGGAAGCAGUGUAGUCAACCCGAAGUUGGACCCCGCCGUCCAGUGA